CGAGUUACAAAGUUCGGAGCGCUGGGGGCGGGGGCGGGAAAGGAGCCCCAAGACCCCCGGCUGGCCGCCCAGCCCCAGCCUGAGUCCUCCCGGUAACCCCGGAGCCCCCCAGGGCUGAUCCCCCAGCCCUGGGCUGCUUGGACCUUUCCGCCCUCGGGGCCCCCUGCCCCCAGGCGCGGGGAAUCCCGACUUGGGGUGCACCACGGCCCUUAUCCACGCGGAGGUCCACGAUCGCUGGUGGAUGCGGGCGUAAGGCUGCUGGACGCCUCCCGCCCCGCCGCCACCCCCUAUGGCCGCCCCUGUCGGCCUCCCGCUGUCCCCUGGACCAGGGUCACCGCCCCCAGCCCAUGUGGGCCCGGAGCUGCCUUCGCCAUCCCAGCAGCCGCAGCCGCAGCCGCCGCCCCCUCCCCUGCUGCAGCCGGUCCCCGGCCCCCCUGGUGGGGUCUCCUUCCACAUCCAGAUCGGGCUGACCCGCGAGUUCGUUCUGCUGCCCGCAGCCUCGGAGCUGGCCCACGUCAAGCAGCUGGCGUGCUCCAUCGUGGACCAAAAGUUCCCCGAGUGUGGCUUCUAUGGUCUCUAUGACAAGAUUUUACUCUUCAAGCAUGACCCCACCUCGGCCAACCUCCUGCAGCUGGUUCGUUCUGCUGGAGACAUCCAGGAGGGAGACCUGGUGGAGGUGGUGCUGUCAGCUUCGGCCACCUUCGAGGACUUCCAGAUCCGCCCGCACGCGCUGACAGUGCACUCGUACCGGGCGCCGGCCUUCUGCGACCACUGCGGCGAGAUGCUGUUCGGCCUGGUGCGCCAGGGGCUCAAGUGUGACGGCUGUGGGCUCAAUUACCACAAACGCUGUGCCUUCAGCAUCCCCAACAACUGCAGCGGGGCCCGGAAGCGCCGGCUCUCCUCCACCUCGUUGGCCAGUGGUCACUCCCUUCGGCUUGGCACCUCGGAGUCUCUGCCUUGCACGGCUGAUGAGCUGAACCGCAGCUCCACUGAGUUGUUCUCCCGUCGCCUGCCCUCCUCCUCCUCUUCGUCCUCCUCCACAUCCUACAUGGGUCGCCCCAUUGAGCUGGACAAGCUGCUGCUCUCCAAGGUCAAGGUCCCACACACCUUCCUCAUCCACAGUUACACCCGGCCCACCGUCUGCCAGGCCUGCAAGAAGCUCUUGAAGGGUCUCUUUCGCCAGGGCCUGCAAUGCAAAGAUUGCAAGUUUAACUGUCACAAGCGGUGCGCCACCCGAGUCCCCAAUGACUGCCUGGGAGAGGCACUCAAUGGAGAUGUGUCCAUGGAAGAGGUAAGCGACUUUGGGGACAGUGACAAGAGCUCUCUGAUGGAUGAGUCUGACGACUCUGGGUUCAUCCCUGGAUCCCACGCGGAGAACGCCCUGAGGGCCAGCGAGGAGGAGGAAGGAGAAGUGGACAAGACCCAGAGUUCCCUGGGGUACAUCCCCCUCAUGAGAGUGGUCCAGUCCGUGAGACACACCACCCGCAAGUCCAGCACAACCCUCCGAGAGGGCUGGGUCGUUCACUACAGCAACAAGGACACGCUGAGGAAACGUCACUACUGGAGGCUCGAUUCCAAGUGCCUCACCCUUUUCCAGAACAACACGACCAACCGAUACUAUAAGGAGAUCCCUCUGUCGGAGAUCUUGGCUGUGGAGCCGGCCCAGAACUUCACCCUGGUGCCCCCAGGAACCAACCCCCACUGCUUUGAGAUCGUUACAGCCAACACCGUCUACUUCGUGGGGGAGACACCCGUGCUGGCCCCUGGAGGUCCAGGCAGUGGGCAGGCAGCGGAGACCGCUCGGGGCUGGGAAACGGCCAUCCGCCAGGCCUUGAUGCCGGUCAUACUGCAGGACGCUCCCAGCACUCCUGGCCACGCGCCCCACAGGCAGGCUUCUCUGAGCAUCUCUGUGUCCAACAGCCAGAUCCAGGAGAAUGUGGACAUUGCCACGGUCUAUCAGAUCUUCCCCGAUGAGGUGCUCGGCUCUGGGCAGUUUGGAGUUGUCUAUGGAGGGAAGCACAGGAAGACGGGCAGGGACGUGGCUGUGAAGGUGAUCGACAAGCUCCGCUUCCCCACCAAGCAGGAGAGCCAGCUCCGGAACGAGGUGGCCAUCCUGCAGAGUCUGCGGCACCCGGGGAUCGUGAACCUGGAGUGUAUGUUUGAGACCCCGGAGAAGGUUUUUGUGGUGAUGGAGAAGCUGCACGGGGACAUGCUGGAGAUGAUUCUGUCCAGUGAGAAGGGCCGGCUGCCUGAGAGGCUCACCAAGUUCCUCAUCACCCAGAUCCUGGUGGCCCUGAGACACCUGCACUUCAAGAACAUCGUUCACUGUGACCUGAAACCAGAGAAUGUACUUUUGGCCUCAGCGGAUCCCUUCCCCCAGGUGAAGCUGUGUGACUUCGGCUUCGCCAGGAUCAUUGGGGAGAAGUCCUUCCGCCGCUCGGUGGUGGGGACUCCCGCCUACCUGGCCCCGGAAGUGCUGCUCAACCAGGGCUACAACCGCUCCCUGGACAUGUGGUCCGUGGGGGUGAUCAUGUACGUGAGCCUCAGUGGCACCUUCCCCUUCAACGAGGACGAGGACAUUAACGACCAGAUCCAGAAUGCUGCCUUCAUGUACCCGGCCAGCCCCUGGAGCCACAUCUCUGCCGGAGCCAUAGACCUGAUCAACAAUCUGCUGCAAGUGAAAAUGCGGAAACGCUACAGCGUGGACAAGUCACUCAGUCACCCCUGGCUGCAGGACUACCAGACCUGGCUGGACCUGCGGGAGCUCGAGGCCAAGAUGGGAGAGCGGCACAUUACCCAUGAGAGUGACGAUGCCCGCUGGGAGCAGUUCGCCGCUGAGCACACGCUGCCUUACCCAGAACACCUGCGCGGCGGCGCCGGCGAGGGCGGGGAGCCCUUCCAGCCCCAGGACCACGAGAUGCAGGGCCUGGCCGAGCGGGUCAGCGUCCUGUGAGGCCGCUGGGCCCCCUCCCCCUUUUUUACGGACCCGACUGGCCUAUUCCAGCACCUCCCCCCACCCCGACCCCUCCCCUACCCGCGGAGGAGUGAGGAGGGCCAGAGGCCAACCAGGAACACUCUGGGCUGAGCUCUUCCCGCCCCUGCCCUCGAACAUCUUCCCCGGAACAGUAAAGGGACUUUUCUCGGA